AGACGUAAAUCGGCGGUCUCCAGCUCUGCAACUGUACCUUUGUCUUCGGCGAAUCGGCCCGGCCGAAAACGGUUUAUGAUUGGUCAGUCCUCGUGCACAUGUGCAGAUUAUCGUUCUCUUUCCUUACUCCCGGAAGAACGGUUCAGAGUGCAAAUGGUUUCUUUGUUGCUAAUCUGUAGGGAAUAUCUACAUGAAAGUUCUACAGAAAGUAGCAACGGGUCCUGAGAAAUGUCGCUAAGUUUGUCGCUAGGCGCUUUUUGGAAAAAAAAGUCGUUAGGAACAGUGACAAAGUCGCUGAGUUGGCAACACUGGUCACUUUCCAGAAGUGAAACAGAAACUGACCCAGAGCUGCAGUCGAGACCAACUUGUGUGUUUGUGUCUGAAGGAGGACUAAACUGAGUUGAUCUUUUCUUCUCCGACAACUGACUCAGAUAUCGAGUUCAGACAUGUCCGCUGGCAGAGGCCUGAGAUCUGAGGAUCCGUUUCUAUGCUCCAUCUGUCUGGAUGUGUUCACUGAUCCAGUCAGCACACCAUGUGGACACAACUUCUGUAAGACCUGCAUCGCCACACACUGGGAUGGCGACAGGAGCUGCCAGUGUCCCGUCUGUAAAAAGGUGUUGAAAACCAGACCUGAACUGGAAGUCAACACCUUCAUCAGAGAGAUGGUUGAUCAGUUCAGACACGAAGCUGAGCAGAAAACCAGCAGCAGCUCAGAGCAACAAGCUGCCAAACCAGGAGAAGUUCCCUGUGACGUCUGCACUGGAACCAGACUGAAGGCCCUGAAGUCCUGCCUGGUGUGUCUGCUCUCCUACUGUGAGACUCACCUGGAGCCUCACCUGACAGCUUCAUAUGUGAAAAGUCACCAGCUGGUGGAUCCUGUGGAGAACCUGGAGGACAGGAUGUGUCAGAAGCACGAUAAACCUCUGGAGCUGUUCUGUAGAACCGACCAGACGUGUGUCUGCUCACUCUGUCCUGUUUUAGACCACCAGACUCAUGUGCUUGUUUCUCUGAGAGAAGCAUGUGAAGGCAAGAAGGCAGAGCUGGAGAAGACAGAGGCUGGAGUUCAGCAGAAGAUCCAGAACAGACGACUGAAGAUUCAGGAGAUCAAAGAGUCGCUGAAGAUCAGUAAAGAUGCUGCAGACAGACAGAAAGCAGAAGGUGUUCAGGUCUUCACUGACCUGAAGGAGUCUGUUGAGAGAAGCCUGAAGGAGCUCAUAAAGGAGAUCGAAGACAAUCAGAAAACUACAGAGAAACAGGCUGAAGGCUUCAUCAAAGAUCUGGAACAGGAGAUCUCUGAGCUGAUGAAGAGGAGCUCUGAGGUGAAGCAGCUCUCAUGCUCUGAAGACCACCUCCACCUCCUCCAGAACUUCAGCUCCCUGAAAGCUGCUCCACCCACCAAGGACUGGACAGAGGUCAGAGUUCAUCCUCCAUCAGAUGAGAGGACUGUAGUGAGAGCUGUGGAGCAGCUGGAGGAGAAACUCAGGAAGAAGAUGAAGGACCUGAUGGAGGCUGAGCUGAAGAAGAUCCAGAAGUCUGCAGUAGAUGUGACUCUUGAUCCUGAUACGGCACAUCCUCUCCUCUUCCUGUCUGCUGAUGGAAAACAAGUUCACUGUGGUGAUGUGAGGAAGGAUCUUCCAGACAACCCGGAGAGAUUUUCUCUAUGUGCGUGUGUUUUAGCGAAACAGAGUUUCUCCUCAGGCAGAUUUUACAUUGAGGUUCAGGUUAAAGGAAAAAGUAUGUGGGCUUUAGGAGUGGCCAGAAGGUCCAUCAACAGGAAGGGAAUAAUCACACUGAGUCCUAAAAAUGGUUACUGGACCAUUGGUUUGAGAAAUGGAAAUCAGUACAAAGCUAGUGCUGGUCCUUCAGUAGAUCUCCAUGUUGAUUCUGGUCCUGAGAAGGUGGGGGUGUUUGUGGAUUAUGAGGAGGGUCUGGUCUCCUUUUAUGACGUAGGAGCUGCAGCUCUGAUCUACUCCUUUAUUGGCUGCUGCUUCUCUGAUAAACUCCACCCGUUCUUCAGUCCUUGUUUUAAUGUUAGAGGUAAAAACUCAGCUCCUCUGAUCGUCUGUCCUGUUGAUCCAUCAGUCUGAUCUUUUCUAUCAUGAAGCUCCGUCAUAGGCGUCAUUUUAACCGGGGACAUGUCCCCGGCAAAAUUUGUGAUUGGCAGCUGUGUUCCCCCCCCCCACUUUCAAAGAAGCCUGCUGAUGAGGAUUUUUGUUUUACCAGCUCAGAUCUUAUACCAGGGGUCGGCAACCUGUUCCCAUCAAAGAGUCAUUAUUACCCGUUUCCCACAGUAAAGAAAACACCGCAGCAGCCGCGGCGUUGUGGGCGGGGCCUACCCUCAGACAGCAGAGAGCUGCUCACGACAGGUGACAGCAGCCGGUACCGGUCGCUCGCAUGGGCGUCGCACCCGUGGGGGAUUCAACACCCACACUUUUCCUUUUGUUUUGCUCACCUCCACACCAGUCUGGUUUCUUUACGUUGCACUCACUCUGUUUGCCUCAUCUCCUUCUUCACCUCCCGCUUCUGACAGCCGAUGUCGGGUUUCCAGGAGAGCAGGAGAGGGAGGGACGGAAGAGCUCGACUGAAUAAUUUUACAUCUUGACAUUAGCUGUACAAAGUCUGAGUUUGAUAACGUGAAGAACAACAAUUUGCAGAGGUUUAUAACAGGCGCGGCGCCAGGUUUUCAUUUUUGGGUGGGCCACGGUAAUUUUGGACGGACCUUAAUAAGCAGUGACUUAAGUGAAGCAGGCAGGUCGCGCUAGAAAAUUUCGUUUAAAAAGACGUCAUAAAUGUGUUCCCCCGUCAUUUUUAUUUCUAAAAUAUGAAGUAAAAACUCACAAUUUAAUUUUCAUUCAUUUGUCAUUAAUAUGUAGUCUACACCCGUGCGUUAAGUGGACCAUCUUCCAGUAAACGCAAAGCAUCCAGCCCACCUCUCCAAAUGCGUAAAAUGUGCAUCAGCCGCUAGUUAGGCGCGCCGCGCGCACCGUCAGCUACGUCAGCCCAGACAAGAGCAGAGCAACUAGACAGAAUAGAGGAUAAUUGUGUCUGGAUGUGGAUGGAGAUUACAUUUUACAGCAGCCUGAUCAUCAUUUAAAUACAUAAACCAUCACCUGGCUUCUAGUCCACGCUAUCAGCAUUAUUUUAAUUGGUCUGUGUGUGUGUGUGUGUGUGUGUGUGUGUGUGUGUGUGUGUGUGUGUGUGUGUGUGUGUGUGUGUGUGUUUUCCACUUCAAACACUGCUCUAACCAACCAGACCAGCAUGUCCAGUAACAUAUUAAUGUUUCACUUCAUGUAGGCUAGGAACGUUUCACCUGCCGUGGCCCGACCGCUUCUGCUCCACAUGAACUUUGUGCGUGAUCAAAUGUCUCUACAGGUGCUUUCUGAGCUGAAGAGGCUAUUCUGCCUCAGACUGGAUGCGUCAUGCGUCUCCAUAUUAGAGACGGGAACAAGCGCUGUUCAGCCAAAGUUUCAUAAUCUGAGAACAUUUUUCCAAGUGACACAUCCCUCAGAGAGACGGGAUUUCCAGACCGUUCCAGUGGGAGGAAAUCUUACCGCAUCGCUGUGGUUCUGUGCUGCGAACCCCUCUGCAGAUCUUCAGCCCACUGUCCACCGUGUUUGCUCCGAUCCGCGCUGAACACAGUAUCCAGUAUAAAGCUCUGAUGUUCUGAUGGGAACCAUUUCUUGAUUUAGUUACCUCUGCGAUGUGCGUAACGAUUAAAAUGUCAGCUCAUCUGUGUGCGCAUCAGUGUGCGUCGGGGUAAUUCUUUCAAGACAACCAACAUCCUUGAGUUUAUCCGUCAAAAUAAACAGUCAAAUGGAAAUAUCUGUAACCUGCCAUUUAACUGUUUUGCCUUCUUGUGAAGAUUGUUGCAAAGAGAAACAACUAAACCUGAUUAACCCCAGAGCCACGCGUAUAAGCUGCACUUCUGACUGUAAAUGAGGGGAAACGAUUUAAUCGGAUCCUUUUCUCUUCAACAUGGUUUAAUGUAAAGUUUCAUUCAGUACAAACUUUAGUUACACCGAUCUAACGAGACAGAGCCUGGAUUUGUAUUCUGAACAGUUUAAACAUGUUUAAAACGGAGACGUGCGUGACGCGUCUAAAAUUCGCACCUGCUCCGCUAUUAUGGAAAUUAAACUAACAAGAUGAAUAACAUGAACUUAUUUUAGGCACAGACAACAUCCCCCACACUUUUGAAAAGUUUGCAAUGCGCCUGGUUGCUCGUGUACGUCAAAGUUAUCUUUCAUAAGAAGAUAAUCAAUAAAACAAUUUAUAUAAAAUGGAUCCAGAAGUUGUAGCCCGUCUCUGCCUACAAUAUUUUGAUAUUUUUCACCCUGUUGGUGGUUUUACUGAGCAGGUGCCACUUUUGUCAUACAUUUCUUUUUAAAACGCUGCGAGCACAAGCGUGACGCGUCAACCCGGUCUCACAGUAAGACCGGGUUGGACCUGUUCAGGUUUACGCAGACAAUCUUUACAUUUAGAAUUAGCUUACAGAUGUAAAAUUAAUGCAGUAAAAUAUAAAUCAUUUUAUUUAAAUAUCCAUUAAUUAUUUUACAAGCACAGAGAGCCGCAUCAGAUGGAUGGAAGAGCCGCAUGCGGCUCCAGAGCCGCGGAUUGCCGACCCCUGUGCUAGCCAACUUUAUUGUCCCCAGCAAUUUUUAAACCCCACUCAAGUGUGUGGUUAUUGUCCCCAGCUAUUCUGAAAACAAACUGACGCCCUUGAGCUCCGUGAACAAAGAGUCUGUUCAAAGUUCUGAUCUGAGAGACUCUGUAAGGCAAGGCAAUUCUUUUUGUAAAGCACAUUUCAAACACACAGUUAAGUGCUUUACAGAAGCAAGAACAGCAAACACAAUAAACCAAACAAAGACAUGUAGAUAUUAAUUUUUGAUUCAACAAACAGAUGAUGUUCCAUAUAAAUAUGAAAUAUCAAUCUGGUUGGUCUUUGAAUGUUUAAUCAGAAGACUUUAGAUAAUUUUACUUAUUCAGGGAACAUGCACACUUCAUAUUAAUUCAGAAAGAGUCAAGUUUAUAGUUUAUAAAAAUGAAUUCAUUUCUAUUUCCCUAAUCUAAUGAUUAUACAAGACGAGGUAUGAAUGAAAUGAUGGAAUGGAAGCUAGAUGUUUUAGCGAAACCUGUUUUAAGUAUCUGAGAAAGAUUGUGGAAUCUGGGUUGUAAAAUCAAGUUGACUGUAUAGUUUGAUAAACUAAAUAAAAACACCAUUCGAUGCCAGUGUGCAGAGUCCACGAUACCCUUGUAUGUGUGCACUCCCGGCUGUCCGGAGGAAAGGCAGCCCGAGUGGUGAGUUCACCAGACGUCGAGACCACAAGAACCCAAAGAUCCGUAGCUCUCCUUGAAUUCAGCUUUCACUGGCCAUGAGAUGUGUUGGAUAAAUUAUGGAUACAUUAUUAUUUUAAACGAAAGCUUCAUUCAGCUAAAUUUUCCCUGGCAACAGACAGGCGUUUGACCUUGCCUCUUCCCAGUCCUGGCUUAUCAGUAGGAACGCCCUGUGCCAGCGCCUGGGUGUCUCCCUUUCUAGAGUCUAAAGGAAUGUGUAAAUGUGUGUGCGUUUUAUCAUUUUUGUGUGUCCUUAAUAAAUACUCUUGGAGGGCUUUGUCUGACGAGAGCGAAUUGACUACUGACUCGUGUGUUUCAUUGAUCUCUCUCCACUUUGCAAAGUCUAAAUUGUUUGGUUAUUGGUAAAGAUUGGUAUGGGUUAAAUCGAUCAGCUUGUUAAUACAACCCCUGCGUGUUGAGCUUUCCCUUCAGGUAACCCUGGAUGGGAAAAUUAAAAUACCUAUCAUUUUGGUGCCGUGACCCGGAUUCAGUUCGGCCGCUGAGGGUUAGUCUCCGGGGGUCCGCCUCCUGCUUCGGUCCGAGGGGCUGGACUUGCUUCUCGGCCAGCUGGAUGGCUCCGUGGGACUCCUCCCUCUGGGUGUCUCGCACGCGUCGGACUUCGGGGUGACUCCGCCGCGCAGGGGGGAUUGGGAUUGGAUUGGAGGAGUGAGUGAGUACCUCUUAUUUGCAUUCUUGCAUAUAUAAAGCUGGUUGACGUGACAGUGUGUUUUACGUGUGUCUGCACUUCCGAACGCGGGAAACGUCCCAUGUUUUAGCAAGGAGCUUGAAUCUGGUUCGGGUGAAAUGGCGUUGAAAUAGUCGAAACCGGGAGCCGCUAACUCGUGCCCUAGGUUCAGCUGCUCUGACAAGGCAGAUUCCCGAUGAAAAGUUGAAAUAUGCAGAAAGGCUGGUCAGAAAUGCCGCUGGAAAGGUUUUAAUUAGGUCUGUGUCGCAGGAGACACAGUCCGCCCCGCUGUGAGAUGUCAUUGUGGGUCGUAAUACUAUCGGAACUGCAGACAACUGGUAAAUAAGAGAUUAACUAAACAAGCGCUGCGUUAAAGUGGCCACAAUAUCUUUGCACAACCAACCACUGGGUUGGCAAUGUUUAUAGAAGUUCGUCAUAAACUCCAGUAAACACACUGUCACUCUGAUACGUUUGGCUCCUCUUGUAAUCACAUUGUCGUGUGGAUUGUUUAACGGUUUCCUAUUGCUGCUGAGGUACAAACAUUUGGACACCGCUGCUUUUGGCUUAAAACCUCAAGUCAAACUAAACAUCAUGGUUUGUGUGCUCCUCAUCGGUUUUUGGUGUUGUGUCUGUUGUUUCCGUCCGCCGCUUUAUGAUCAUUGUUGUUUGUGUGGCUUUGUGGGUUUUAAUUGUGCCGGAGCUCUGUGCUGAAGAGCUUUGGCUGUCCUUUGAUCCAUCUGGGUGUGUGAAAACUGGCCAGUUGUGCCUGGUUCGGUUUCGUGU